UUUCAUUUUUCAAAAACCCUAACCACCAAAACCCCCUUCAAUUUUCUUCCACUUCAGCUCCAGCUUCAGUUUCAGUUUCAGUUUCAGCUACCAACUACAAUGGGUGCGAAAAGGAAGAAGAGGAGCAAGGGUUCCGAUAGUGACGAAGAUGAUGAGAGAGAUUCACCGCCACCAAAGAAGCAAGGAGCUUCUGCUUCCUCCGAUUCCAAUUCGAUUAAGCAGAAAUCGAAGAAGGAGAUACUUCCUUCGAUGAUAAAGAACAAGGAGAAGAGAUCUGAGAUCCAUGCCAAGAUCAAGCGCCAGAAGAAGCUUGAGAAGCGCAACAAGCUCAAGGAACGCCAAGCCGCUGAGAAAAGAGCUCUUGAGCUCGGCGAAGAGCCUCCAGAGAAGAAGGUUCCACGCACCAUCGAGAACACCAGGGAAUUCGACGAGACUGUUUGCAUGCCCGACGAUGAAGAGUUAUUUGCAGGAAAUGAUGCUGAUGAGUUCAGUAAAAUUUUGAGCCAGCAACAAACUCCAAAGAUAUUAAUCACCACUUGCCGUUUCAAUUCUUCGAGGGGACCUGCUUUUAUAUCAGAAUUGCUUUCUGUUAUACCAAAUGCACAUUACUUCAAGAGAGGAACCUAUGAUUUAAAAAAGAUUGUAGAAUAUGCAAAGAAAAAGGACUUCACUUCUAUGAUAGUUGUUCACACCAAUCGCCGGGAGCCAGAUGCUCUCUUAAUCAUUGGAUUGCCUGAUGGACCUACUGCUCACUUCAAGCUUUCAAAGCUUGUUUUGCGCAAGGAUAUAAAGAAUCAUGGAAAUCCAACCAGUCACAAGCCUGAGCUUGUGUUCAAUAACUUCACAACGCGUUUGGGGCAUCGAGUUGCAAGAUUGAUACAGUCACUUUUCCCACAAGAACCAGAAUUUAAAGGCCGACGAGUGGUUACGUUCCACAAUCAGAGAGACUUCAUAUUCUUCCGACAUCAUCGGUAUAUCUUUGAAACCAAAGAAAUUAAAAAGACUGAUACUAAAGGUAAAAAGGACGAAAAGGGGACAAAUGAGAAAGUUCCUGAUCACAAAACAAUAGCUCGUCUUCAGGAAUGUGGCCCUCGUUUCACAUUGAAAUUGAUCAGCCUGCAGCAUGGAACAUUUGACUCCAAGGGAGGAGAAUAUGAGUGGGUUCAUAAGCCGGAAAUGGAUACAAGUCGGAGGAGGUUUUUCCUAUAGUUCAUGGAGAGUUGCAUUUUGGAAGUUAUUUCUUUUGGAGUAGGUUUUAUCUGACAAAGAUGGUUGUUGCUUAUCUUGAAGUUGUGGCAAUCUGUCAGCAUGGUUUUUCAUGUAUUUCCCCCCUUGCUUUUGGGGUCUAAAUUCCUCAAAUCUCUGUAUACCAGUGCUCAAUUUUGACCUUAUGUCCAUUGUUAGUUCUCACAAUUUAAAUAUAGUUUCUUAACUUGGAAAUUGUUUGCUUCUACCAUAUUGAUUUUCUUGAGCACCAUUGCUUUUAUUCAUGUGCUACAAUUUUAUAAAAGCUUAGGCAAAUUAAGUCAGAGAAUUGAUUCCAAAUGAGCUGUACCAUCUGUACUUUAUGGCUUCAUCAGGGAUAUGAAUGUAACAUACCAAUCCUAGAAAUGACAAGCAAGAAUUGUUAUUCAAA